AUGGCUCAAGAUGUAUCCUGUCAACUAUGCUUGAACCAAACUUCACGACAAAUUGGACAACAGGGACCGAGAUUUCACUGCACAAAAUGUAUGGGCAAUUCAGUCGUGCAUCAGCCAACCGAAUUGUACUGCGAACUGUGUUUACGACAUGUUGCACGUCGAAUAGCUGAUGCUAUCAAGUACGAUGAUGUCGAUCCACUCAAGACGGCAAGGUCGGACUUUUGGAUCCGCGUUGAACUCAAAUACCGCAAAGAGUAUGGUCUUUUUGUCACUCUGGAUGAUCUAGAUGGAAAGGCAUCCACGCUCGGUCAGCCCAGCCGCCUCUUCAGUGUUGAGACGGUUCCAGAACAAGACUCAGAUCAUACCAAGCUUGAGACAAGCGAAACUACGCAGAAACACGGCAUUCUCCCAGACUGUAAGCCACCAGACCUGGACAACUCUUCGUUACGUGCUGUUCAACAGAUGAAGUUAUGGCUUGAGGCAUGUAAUGCUCAUGGCUGCUGCCCGGUGUCAACUGGCUUUCUACCGACUCGACUGAUCGAGAUUGUGUCGACCCAGGGUGGGGCGCGACUUCGACUUGUGGAAACUAAGCAUACAACAACUCCAAGUAUAAACUACGCAGCCUUGACUUACUGUUGGGGAGGACCCCAGCCUGCACAGACAGUGAUGGCAAACCUGCGCAAGCGACUGGAAGCAUUGGAGGAGUCGGAGCUACCCGCCACUAUACGCGAUGCUAUUGCCGUAUGCCGCCAUCUAGGCAUCAUGUUCUUAUGGGUCGAUUCGCUGUGCAUCAACCAGGAUCUCAAGGAGGAGAAGCACACAGAGAUUUCCAUGAUGGACAGGGUCUAUGCGAAUGCUUAUCUGACCAUUUCGGCCUCGAGGGCUGCUGCAGCCGUCGAGGGGUUCCUUGGGUUGCCCAAGACAGAUUGGAAAGUGCCCAGCCGGUGGUGGAGAAAGGAUAACAUACCCGAGAACCCGCCAGACGCGGUAGCAGUCUCGGGUCUGCAAGUGGAUCUCGAUCUGCAUGACCAAGGCGAAUACGUCGGUACGAUAAAGCUUCGCGAAACGAGGUUCGACACUGCCGAAUGGGUCCCGAUAUUGCAACGAGCAUGGGCGUAUCAAGAGAAGGCGCUUUCCCGCCGCAUUCUCAGUUUUGGAUAUCAGAUCGAAUGGACGUGUCGGAAGGGAUACCAGAUCGAUACAGGCUACGGCUCCGUCUCCAGCAAUCCCGAGAGUCCGGACGAAAUUUCCUUGAUCUGGAGACCCAUAGGUCAUCUCCUCAAUCCUACUUCCAUGGCACUUAAUACAGAUCAGUUUGAGAAGCCGGAUGAGGCACGGACUCCCGGGAACAUCAAUAUUACGUUGCUGGAUCUCAAUGUUGACCCGGCCCAGAGUAUGGGGCUCUGGAAUGCGAUUGUGCACCAAUAUGCCUCCAGGCAACUCUCCUUCGAACAGGACCGUUUACCUGCGCUAGCAGGGCUGGCCACACGGUUCGCGAUGAUCGAUACAGAGGAUGAAUACAUGGCGGGAUUGUGGAAGUCGCACUUUCCAAACUGUUUGCUUUGGGGAGAGAUCCCAAAGGGCAUGCUCGAGACCUGUGGUGCCGGCCCCUCUCGCCAUACAGCAGACAACCCCCUUGAUGGAAAGUGCCGUGAGACCGGGCUCUCUCCCAGAUGGGUAGGUCCUACUUGGAGCUGGAUCUCGCUACCCCUUCCAAAGGGCCUCGCAUUCUUCGGGUACGGUAAGCGAGGAGAGCCUAUAACGAAGCUUAUAUGCUACACAGCGAGGCGUCCGCAAGGAGCCUCUCCGUAUGGACAACUUGAGGGAGCGAGCCUGUCGGUAUUGGGCCGGCUGGGAAAGACAACAUGCCGAUGGAUGAUACCCAAGAAAAGCAAUUCGGACUGGUAUGAGUAUACAUUCAGCCGUCGUGGUCUGAUUCCCAUCCGACUGAGGUACGGACCCGAGGGCUUCCUUGAUGAAGAUAUGUUUCCAGAAUGUGUGCGUUCCGCCAUCCCGAGCGAAGGUAUGAACGGCCACACGCACAUACUAAUGGGUUUUGACACCAAACUCAACAUCGUCCUAGACCAGCACAAGAUGUACGAGACAACUCGCCUCAUAGAGCCUGCUGCGCAGGAUAGCAGCGAGGGCGGCCCGCUUCAAAAGUACGUCCACAUGACCAGCCCCGUGUGGCUACUUCCCCUGACAGAGAUGGUUAUUUCACCAGAAGAAGACGGGGAGGGUCAGGUUGAAUCCGACACUCAGGUCAGGUCGUGGAUUAGAGGACUUGUUUUGAUGCCCAAAGAAGUCAAUUCUUUUCAACGAAUCGGCCAUUUCGAGGGAAAGAAUCUAUUUAGCCGGGAAGAUAUCAUAUGGAACGACAGUGGAACUAUCCGUAUAAUCUGA